AUGUGGGUCCGUGUAUGAAAUUGACAAUCACCCUCUGUCCCCAAGUUUUUUGUCUAUCAUAUCAAUAAAUUUUGAGAAUGCCAUUCCAAACGGGUAUUGAAAAAGUGACAGAUUGUUUCAAUAUCAUAUGUAUUACAUUAAUUAAAUCUAACACACAACUUUAUUUUAAAAAACCAUUAUUUUUUUUUUCUGUAUACACAAUUUAUAAUAAUAAUGUAAUUCUGUUGUUCCAGGUGUUGUGCACCUUGCGCUUUAUGGCGAAAGCGGACUUUUUUUCGGAAGUGGGAGAUAUCCACGGUAUAUCCAAGUCUUCAGUCUGCGUGUUUUUACCAAGAGUGUGCCGAGCACUGAAUGCGUUUCUACACAUAGACUUCCCAACAGAUGCCCAAACUCUUUUGAAAAUGAAGGAAGAAUUUUAUGCCAUUGCACAUUUUCCUAAUGUUGUGGGUGCCAUAGAUGGCACGCUUAUUCCUAUUCGGGGCAUGAACGGGGAGGAUGAGCCUGUUUAUGUCUGUCGCAAGAACUUCCAUGCCUUGAAUGUUCAAGGAGUUGUAGAUGCGAACAUGAGGUUCAUUAAUAUCAACUGCCGAUUUCCAGGGAGCACCCAUGAUGCUUAUGUUUUCCAACAUUCGAGCAUUCCUGGUAUCUUGGAGACGUUGCCUGGAGGAGGAUGGCUUUUAGGGGAUUCUGGGUAUCCUCUAAAGGAUUACCUGAUGACUCCUUUCAUCAACCCUUCAACGCCUGCUGAAGAACGUUAUAAUGCCGCCCACUGCAAAACCAGGAAUGUGGUGGAGCGUACAUUUGGUGUUCUAAAGGCAAGGUUUAGGUGUUUACACAGCAGUGGAGGAUACCUUCCUUUUAAACCAGAGAAAUGUGCCCUAGUUGUAGAGACAUGUAUGAAGUUGCACAACAAGGACAUCAACGAGAGAGUACCUUUGCGUAAUGGUGGUGCUGUAGCCAACCAGCACAACAACGCAGUAUACCAGGGAGCAGCCCCACUUAGAGCAAGAGAGCUGAGGCAGCAGUUGGCUUCCAGAUUCUAGGAGUGAUGCCAACAAUAAAAAAGAUAUAUCAUCCUAUAAGAAUACAUGAGUUUGUUGUUGUUUGAAACCU